AUGGGUUCUAUCGGUCCAUUCCAGCGCAAGCACAAGCUCGCCGUGGUGGGCUCCGGCAACUGGGGUACCGCCAUUGCGAAGAUUGUCGCCGAAAAUGCUGCCAGCAACCCGGAUCUCUUCGAAGAGACGGUGGAGAUGUGGGUGUACGAGGAGACUGUUGAGGUCCCCAAGGACUCGAAGAACUAUGAUCCCUCAUACGCCGGUCCUCAAAAGCUGACCGAGGUGAUUAACCGUACCCAUGAAAAUGUCAAAUACCUUGCAGGAGUUCAGUUGCCAGUCAACUUGCACGCCAACCCGUCUCUGGAGGAUGCGGUUAAAGACGGCACCAUUCUCGUUUUCAACCUGCCCCAUCAGUUCAUCAUCAAGACCUGCGAGCAGAUCAGGGGUAAGAUCCUGCCUUACGCCCGUGGUAUCUCUUGUAUCAAGGGUGUCGACGUCAACGAAUCUGGUAUCAACCUCUUCUCCGAGACCAUUGGCAAGACCCUUGGCAUCUACUGUGGUGCUCUUUCUGGUGCCAACAUUGCCAAUGAGGUUGCCAGGGAGAAGUGGUCCGAGACCAGCGUUGCCUACGACCCCCCACACAUGGACUCCAAGGCGCCUACUCCCCAGCGUUCGCCUUCCUCCUCCCAGACCAACCUUGUGGAGUUCCAGCACAAGGAUGUCUCCGGAAAGAUCUCAGAUACCAAGCUGCAGGCCCUGCCAUCAGCCUACCCACCUAUCGACCAUGCCGUCCUCAAGGCUGUCUUCCACCGCCCAUACUUCCACGUCCGUGUGGUCAACGAUGUCGCUGGUGUGUCUAUCAGUGGCGCUCUCAAGAACGUUGUUGCUCUGGCCGCUGGCUGGGUUGUCGGCAUGGGCUGGGGUGACAACGCCAAGGCUGCUGUCAUGCGUGUUGGUCUGAUGGAGAUGGUUAAGUUCGGUGACCAGUUCUUCAGCGCCACCAUUGACCAGCGCACCUUCACCGACGAAAGUGCCGGUGUGGCUGAUUUGAUCACUAGCUGCAGCGGUGGCCGUAACUUCCGGUGUGCCAUGCACAGCGUUGAACGCAACCUUCCCAUCGAGGAGAUUGAGAAGACCGAGCUCAAUGGCCAGAAGCUGCAGGGUACCCUGACUGCUUACGAGGUCAACAGCUUCCUCAAGAACCAAGGCAUGGAGGACCAGUUCCCUCUGUUCACUGCUGUUUACCGUAUCUUGGAAGGAACCAUGAAGGUUGAGGAUAUUCCUAACUUCAUUGAGCGCCCCCUUCAGGCCCGUACUCCGACUUCUACUCAAAAUUCGCAUGGUGAUGAUGGCGCUCGGUUCACUGCUGCAAGAUUAUGA